AUGGCGUCGAGGGCGGAGGGAGACGGAUUUCAGGCAGGCUCAGGCAGGGGUGAUGACGACGCUGAGGUGACUGUGCACGCUGCCGGCGAGGAAGAUGAUGAGGACUACGAGGAGGCCGGGGACUACAUUAGCGAAAAUGAUCUAGAUGAGGAGGAUGAAGAGACCACGGCCUGGGCCUACUACUGCGGCGACUGGUUAGUCGUUGCCGCUACUUGGAGUCGUCGCUGGGCGGCUGGAACAGAGGCAGUGGAGGGGGCGGGCAUGUCCUUUGGCUCCCUGUGGCGCUCCUACACCCGCACCGCCCGCACAGCUGGAGGCUUUGGGCCAUCGCGAGUUUGGCAUUCGGUGGUGGGCGAGGCGAUGCGUAAUGCCACCUUCCUUCUUCCCAUCUACGAGCGAAUCGUCGGACCUGUCCUCCCGCCCGAGGUGGCCAACCGACCGUUCUGGCUUCGGUACGAGGUGAAGCGAUUCGUGGAGACCACCAUCGGCGCCGUGCUCUACCGGCCGUUCCGUCUAGUCCUCAACCGCCUGCAGGGCCAAGUGCCAUUGCCAGGAGGCGGGUACCGGUACACGGGACUGUUCCAGGGGCUUCACGUGGCAUGGAAACAGGAGGGAUGGGGCCUGUUCACGCGCAACCUCCCGCUCGAGGUGUUGAGCAACGUCAUCUACAACUUUUCUCAGGACGCCAUCUUCUCCAGCGGGAUUGCCUCGCGCCUGCACCGGUUCCUGCCCAGCAGCGAGCACGAGUUGGUGCAGUACGUGCGAUCAUGGGCGCUGGAGGUGGUGGAGAACAUCGUCUGUAUGAACGCCAGCUAUCUCCUCACAUGGCCGCUCCACGUUGUCGCCUGCCGCAUGGACACAGAAGAGUUCGGAACAGUCAAGUACGCCGGCGCGCUCGACUGCGCGCGGCACGUGUUCCAAAACGACGGCGUUUCCGGGUUUUACAAGGGCUGUCUUCCCGAGAUGCUGCGCGCGAGUCUCUCCGAGCUGGUCUUCAGCGGGUCUGUGGCCGCCCUCCUGGGUUCGCUGUUCGGCUUCGCAUGGCGGACGGGGGCCUUUGACGAAGAGGAAGAGGACGAGGAGGACUACGACAACCGCGAGCUCGAGUGGCACGGGGCCUCCGACGAAGAAAACCCGGGCCUGCCCGACCAAGACGACCAACAACACCAGCAGCAGCAGGACACCGACAUCGACGCACUCGACUGA